ACAAACUGGGAUGUUGGGAACAAAAUCUGAUAUAUACUCAUUUGGAAUAAUGCUUCUCCAAAUUAUCACAGCCAGACCUCCAAUGGGUUUGACCCACCAUGUUGAGAGGGCAAUUGAGAAAGGCACUUUUGCUGAGAUGCUUGAUCCGGCAGUUCGUGACUGGCCUGUUGAAGAGGCUUUGACGUUUGCCAAGUUAGCACUCAAGUGUGCCGAACUCAGGCGUAAAGAUCGACCAGAUCUUGCCACUGUUGUGUUGCCUGAACUUAACAGGUUACGUUUACUCGCUGAAGAAGCCAUACCACAAAUGCCUUUUGGAAGCAGCCCAAAAACUCCAUCUAGUGAAAGUCGAUCUAGCUCUCAAGUAAUUUCAGGAUAUGAUAGCAGUAAAAGCCGCUCAACCAACCCCUUUUCAUCAGACGCAACAUCAAGUGGAUAACAAGAAUAUUCAAAACUCAAAGAGGCUGGAAGAGCCAAGAUAUUGGCAAGAUAUUGUUGACACCAAAGAUACCACAAGUGAUUUCUUUAAUUUAGUUCAUCUUCUAGGAUAUAGCUAAAGACAGCUGGUUUCAUCUAGCUUCCAGUAUUUAUUUAUUUCUGCAAAAAGAAAAUGAUGCUUUAACUAAACUAUGUUCAUAAAUAUUGACAGACUUCUGA